AUGCUCGUGCCGCCGCCGAAUUUCGGAAUGGUUGAGGAGAGCUUGUACCGCUCUGGCCAGCCCGACCAGCUAAACUUUCCGUUUCUGGAGAAACUUAGUCUGAAAUCCGUAAUAUGGCUUGCGCCAGAGGAGCCGGAAGUUGGCGCUUUGCUGGUCCCAAAGUUCGUGUAA